UCCUCCUCCCUGUUCUCUCCACCUGCCCUCUGGGACUGUUUCCUGAAGAGACUGGAAGGCUGCUAUGACAGAGACGCACCGACCGGUUUAGGAUAUUUCUGUCUUGCUUGCCUUCUUUUUCCGCCGAACAACAGGAAUAACUCUCUGGAUGUACAGAGAGUAAAGCCUUGGGAGCGACACCCUUUCUAAAACAUGCGGCUGAUUCCGCGCCGCCGUAUGUCCCCUCUGAAACUGGCAAUCCUUGGGGGCACUCUGUUCAUGGUGGUCCUAGUGGUUCUGCAGAGGGACGUUGGCUCUACGCCUGACAGGGACCCCUGGUUUCAGGACCUGGUGGACAAGAAGGACAAGAUGAUUGUCAUGGUCCGGGAGGUCAUUGGUUUCCAGAUCAGAGCUCCGCAGGCGCCACCCGAGCAGGAGCAGCCCACCCAGGACGUCAACUGCCCCACUGGCUUCUACACGCAGGCUGAACUCAAGCCACACCUGGAUAGACCACCGCAGGACCCCAGAAGCCCUGGGGCUGAUGGGAAGGCAUUUCAAAAAGACCAUAUGAGCCCAGAGGAGGAGAAGGAGAAGGAGGAGGGCAUGACACGGCACUGUUUCAACCAGUUUGCCAGCGACCGUAUCUCACUCAGCCGCAGUCUUGGGGACGACACAAGGCCUCGGGAGUGCGUGGAGCAGAGGUUUCGCCGCUGUCCUCCUCUGCCCAGCACCAGCGUCAUUAUAGUCUUCCACAACGAGGCUUGGUCCACCCUCCUCAGGACGGUCUACAGUGUUCUUCACUCCUCUCCUGCAAUCCUGCUCAAAGAGAUCAUCUUGGUAGAUGACGCCAGUACUGCAGAGCACCUGAAGAUCCAACUGGACGAGUAUGUGCGUCAUCUGAAGGUCGUCCGUUUGGUGAGGCAGCUGGAAAGGAAGGGCCUCAUCACAGCCAGGCUGCUGGGUGCCAGUAAAGCUCAGGGAGAAAUUCUCACCUUUCUCGAUGCACACUGUGAGUGUAUGAAUGGUUGGCUAGAACCUCUGUUGGGCCGCAUUGUUGAAGAGCCCACUGCUGUUGUUAGUCCAGAGAUCAGCAGCAUUGACCUCAACACCUUUCAGUUCAACAAGCCUGUGGCCACCAACCGCGCUUUCAACCGAGGAAACUUUGACUGGAGCUUGACUUUCGGCUGGGAGGCAAUCCCAGAGGAUGCGAAGAAACAGCGCAAGGAUGAAACCUACCCUAUAAAAACUCCUACUUUUGCCGGAGGUCUCUUCUCAAUCUCAAAGAAGUACUUUGAACACAUUGGAACAUACGAUGACAAGAUGGAGAUCUGGGGCGGUGAAAAUGUCGAGAUGUCCUUCAGGGUGUGGCAGUGUGGGGGUCAGUUGGAGAUCAUUCCUUGUUCUGUGGUGGGUCAUGUCUUCCGCACCAAGAGCCCCCACACCUUCCCCAAAGGCACAGAGGUCAUCACUCGCAACCAGGUGCGCCUGGCUGAGGUCUGGAUGGACGACUACAAGAAGAUCUACUAUCGCCGCAACAAGAAUGCUGAAGUUAUGGCCAGUGAGAAUAGGUAUGGGGACAUCUCUGAUCGUUUGAAUCUAAGAGAGCGGCUGCAGUGCAAGAACUUCACCUGGUACCUAAACACAAUCUACCCAGAGGCCUUUGUUCCGGACCUAUCACCAGAAAAAUUUGGAGCACUCAAAAACAAAGGAUCUCAAACCUGUCUGGAUGUCGGAGAGGACAACCAGGGCGGAAAACCUAUGAUCAUGUACCCGUGUCACAACAUGGGAGGCAACCAGUACUUUGAAUAUUCAUCUCAUAAGGAGCUGCGUCAUAACACUGGAAAGCAACUGUGUCUUCACGCCACCCCUCCGCCGGAGCCAGUGCAGAUCGACCUGUGCCAGCUGAAGGGCAGAGGCACCAGUUGUUCACCACAACAGGAGUGGGUCUUUACAGAGGAAAAUCUUCUGAAGAAUCCGAGCAGUGGGAAAUGUUUACGGCUGAUUGGAAGCCAGAUUCAGAUGGACCACUGCAAUUCUGCUGACCUCAAUCAGCACUGGACAUUCAGUUGACUUCCUAGAAUGCCCAUCAAGUGACCUCUGGCACCGUGUGCCCCUUCCCUUCCUCAGACUUGGCUCUGAGGAGCCAGCUCUACAUCGAUCCAGUGGGAUUUAAAUGCUGUGGAGCUUCGGGCAUGUGGUCACCGUAAGCGGACAGACAGAGGACAAAGUAAAGACAGUCACAUUAUUGAAGAUGCCAAGGUUGACCUUUAACAUAUUUUAAAUUUAUUUAUGAUGGGAUCUCAGGAGAAGACCUUUGACAGUGGUUGGGCGCACCCAAAGUAUGAAUGUUGCUUGCACAAGUCACAGCUAAACCCUGGGACGAUGGCUGUGAACUGUAAUGAUCUUAAUUCAGUGAAUUUAGCUUGGAACAUCAGUGCAAACAAUGAAUGGUGAAAUGUUAAAUUAUGUCCAAGUCUUUCUAAAGAUCAAGAGAUGUCCGUUUUUUUAUUUUAAAUAAAAAUCCUUGUGUAAGACGAA